AUGGGUACCGUCAUCAAGUUCGAAUCGCAAGGAGAAGAGCAGUUAUGGACCGAUCAGAGACGCGCUCACGGACUCUCAGACAAAGAAAGUAUACGAGGGACGCUUCGGGCCCUCGCCUUGGGCCCCGAGCUGCCGCGCAUUGAACGGAAGAACUACCUCGACCGCACGAUUAUCAUUUGUGCUCACGCAUUAUACUCCCCGACGUGGACUGAGCACGAUGAUUACGAGAGGAAUGUGCAAGAUGCGCAGGACUUGUUGCUGGACUUUGGAUUCUGGAGGGCGAAGACGCCAGACCGUCCAGCAGCACGGGGCGACAAAGCACGUGAAAAAAAGGUCAAGGCGAGGGCGAGUUCUGCUCCGAGAAGUUAUUUUCAACCCCUUUUGCACGGCAAGGCUCAGUGGCAUCGGCCAUGGGAAGAUCUGUAUUUUAGUGUGUCGUCCGAUAUUUUGCUAUCUACAGUUGCUUAUUUUCUCACAGAUUGGAAGUCGUGGCAAGAUACGACAGACUGGACACUGAGCACGGCCGCGUCUAUGUCUCCUGACGAGCAGCAAGCCAAGGAGGUGCAGGCCGGGGCCCCGCCUUGCGUUUUCUUCUUUAUCAAAUUCUGGUUCCCACAUCUCGACAUCUUCGGCUUCGAAGGCGUGUACUGCGAACAUGACUUUGAGCGAUGGUGCGCCAAUUUGCAGCUGCCAAAGACCAAAGACAACCCAUACUGGGAAGAUGGGAAGCUACCACCGUGGGAAGGUUGCUGCAAGCUCAAGAUGUGGGACGAUGCGGGGAGGCCCGUGGACGAAGAGGCCAGGGUUGGCGUCUUCAUUCUCUCAAAUGGAUCUGAGCUCCGCAUCGGUCGAGCCCGAGCAUCCAAACCGCAGAAGCGACCUCGCAGCCUCGGCAGUGUGCCUUUGUCUCUUCCCAAACGUCCCCGGGCAGAGCUCGACCCCGAUCGUCCUGUUGCUCCCACGGACAACAGCGUGCGGUCUCUCGCUCCUUGCCAUCCCCGCGAUGACAUUGCGGCCACGCCGGCGACGGGGAACCCGCACACCGAGAUUGCGACGACUGGUUCGCCUCCCCAGUCGUUCUGGAUGGACUCGUCAAGCGGUAUAACCGACGCGGGACUUCAAAUGCGCCAACGGCCAGUGCCAUCCGCGUCCGGAGCGAAUCUUAUUCAGUCUUCACAGCAGUCAGCAUUCAACUACUGGGGCCUCUCUGGAGAUCAUCAACUUCCUGCACCAGUUGACGCUCGUGUUAUGGAGACGCAGACGAGACAAAGGGGAUUUGACGCUGUGCGUGACGCCGUGCGUGUAGCCGCGCGUGAGGCCGCCGAGGCCCUCCGAAAUGCCGAGUGGAGGAGUCAGCAAGGCAUUGAUUACUUCAGACAUGCGCAGACAACCGCCACAGCACAAUCCCCAUUCAUGCAUGACGGGCCUUCUACACUCUCUGACUAUCAAGAAAGUCAAUUGGGAGAUGAUCUCUGGGCUGGACAGCCAAAAAGAUGUUUGCCCCGUGGAUCGUGUUUCGAGCAAGUCCUUCACGAAGCGCCGAGACAGGAUGACGGUUCCGUAUACACGCAUGAGAGGAACUCCAGGCAUCCGAGUGUUGACGGCUAUGAUCGCGUGCUUGGUACGAUCCGUCCCUAUUUACUGCACCGUCAGAAUAUGUCCGCUGGACAAACGGGGGAUGAUACAAAUGGCGGUCAUUGCGACUAUCAGUCUUUGUUAACUUUACACGCUGCCGCAAUGGCCGCCCGUCAUCCCACAGAGGAGCUUUGCAAGCCAGCCGACAGUGCAGUUCCCGGCGAAGGAGUCGGCGACCAACCACCGAAACCUGCCAUGGAGAGUCAGGCUCGUUUCACUGUAACGCUGACGGAGGACCAUGUUCCACGUUUGGUACAGAACAGUGUUUUCCCUCUUGCCAUCCGCAGAAAAUGCUUCGAAAUGGACCUGUUGCGGCCAGAUCUAAUGCGUGCUGCUUCUCGGGCUGGAAGCCAGCAAAACAACCCAACACCCAUUCCGCUUGGUUAUAAAUAUGACUGGAGCCAUGAACUACAUUCGCCAAUCUGCCUACAAAUCGUGAACCAAAUAUGCACCGAGGAUGGUACGGUCACCAUCAACGGACAGUCAGUGAAACAUACGACUGGGGCAGUGACUGUCAAGGAGAAUUCGAUGGUGGUCCUCGUUCCCACCAUCGCACCGCCCGGAUCUAGUAUAUGUGUUUCGAAAACAGCGAACACGGAUGAAAUCAAUUGGGAACCCAACGUUUGGCUACGGAUAUUCGGUCCCGCAACAUAUUAUGUCCCAAAGGCGGUGUCCUACAUCUUCGUCGGAAUUCCUAUUUGUCCUCCCUAA